AUGGUGAGUGAGGCGGGGUCUGGGGAAGGCAGCGCUGCCCAGGGACGCUGGGUCAUCCUAGUUGUGGGAGGGGGUGCUCAGGAAGCAGGGGCCCGCGGGUCCCCAGGUGCGGUGGGGGAAGUGGGUACAGCACGGACACUAUCUGGUGGGUCAAGCAAGGAGGCCACCAUCUUCAGGGUGGAGGUCGUGCAGCAAGGCGUGGCCCUGGAGGAGGGAGAGGUGGUGGGGAUCCGGGAAGAGUUAGGGCUGCUGGUGGAGGACAUCUUGCAAGUGGUGGAGGUGGUGGCGGAGGAGGAGCAGGAGGAGAUGCAGGUGGAGGAGCGGGAGGAGAAGCCCCAGGAGCAGGGGCAGGAAGAGCCAGAGCUGGGACCAACGACUGCCCGGCCCCUGCUGGAGGCACUGGGGGCCCUGCAGUUAGAGCUGAGCACUCUGAAUGCCCAAGCCAGCAGGGCAAGCGCAAGAUCAGUCAGAGGUGGAAUCCUCAGUUGGAUCGCAGAAGGGCCAUCAUCCAGGGCAUUCCUGGCUUAA